CGAGUAUAGCCGACAUUAGUCGAAGUGUUGUCGCCGCCGGCGGAGGCUCACUAAACACAGCUCUGCAGUUUCCGAGACGCUCUUUGUCCCCCACCGGCUGGAUGACGACACUUUUUUUGUAUCUCACGCCUCUCGCUCACAUUUCGGCUCUGUUGUCGUAUUUUAAGUCGGCACCGAAUCUUGGAAUAAUUAAAAUAAUAAUAAUAAAACAGUAAGAAGGAGAGUCCAGCCCGUCGAGGUUCUUCAUCAUCAUCACCAUUACAGCUGCUGCCAAUGUUAGCUAGCUACUACACAAGUAUAACAUCCUGAUACUGUUGUUUUUACAACACAGUAAUGGCGUUUCCUGUCGGUCUACGACGCAAAACUCCGAGGAGCUUCUCCGCAAUGUUUGGGAGAGACAACGCAGCACAUAAAUAGGAGCAUAGGAGAUUCUAGAGCACUACUACCUCACUACUGUCCACCACCAUCAUGACAUCGCCAGACUCACCCCCUCUGGUGUCCCCCUCCCCAUGCCCUGCUCCUCCUCCGUCUCUCCCUCCCUCUCCAGUGCCGUCCUCCUCUUCCCUACCAGCCCCGCCCUCGCUGCCUCCCACGGGGGAGGUAAUGGUUCUGGCUCUGGGCAGGAAGAAACAGAGGGUCCUGAUUGCUCUGUCCAUCCUGCCCAAUCUCUUCUUGGCUUUUCUGCUGUCUUCUGACCCUCUCAUCACGCUCUCCUCUCCGCACCACUGCCGCCUGCCGGAUUCGGCACCGUCCCCCGAGGUGAUGAACACCUCCCUGCACUGGCCUGGUGAUGGCGGGGGUCUGUCCCAAUGUAAAGAGUACGUCAACGGGAGCCAGUUAGAUGUUGUGGACUGCCAGGCUGGCUGGGAUUACAACAUCACAGAAGGGCUGAGGAACAACAUUGUGACGGAGUGGGAUCUUGUGUGUGCUCGCUACUGGCUGGUCCCCGUGGAGGAGGUGUGCUUCAUCCUGGGGGUACUGACCGGAUGUCUUGGCUUGGGCUUUACUGCUGACAGAAUUGGCCGCUCCAAGACCUUGCUGACAUCGCUCACCUUCUCGGUGGUGUUUGGCGUUUUGGUGUGUGUCUCCCCAUAUCCCUCCAUCUUCAUUGUCAUGCGCUUCUGUCUGGCGGCUUCCAGCGCUGGAGUCUACCUUACCUUGUACAUCUGUCGCCUGGAGCUGUGCGAGCCGUCUUUCAGGCUGAUGGCUACCAUGCUGGCGGGGCUGACAACUUUUGCCGGGGAGCUGCUGCUGCUAGCUGUGGCCCUUGGCUGCCAUUCCUGGAGGGGUCUGCUGGGAGCUGGUGCCGCCCCACUAACGCUCUUCCUCUGCUACGGCAUUCCUGGAGUUUUUCCAGAGUCCCCUCGCUGGCUCCUGCUGUUUGAGCGACACGGUGACAUGAACUCCUUCGGCGAGAGGAGAAACUCAAAUAGAGACGACGAGAGCUUCACAGAGCUGAAUUCAGAAGCGGCACCCUCCUCACGUCCCCGCCUAUCCUUCCCCGAGCUCAUCCACAGCAGGAAUAUCUGGAAAAACCUCUGUGUGCUGGGCUUCACCUCUUUCAUCUCUCACGGCAUUAGCCAUUGCUACAGCUCUUUCCGAGGUGACGUCAGAGGCACGGCCCCCAGCUUCUACUGGACGUACCUGCUGUCCGUGUGCGCGGGGGGCAGCGCCUGGCUGUUGCUGUGGGCGACUGUAAACAGGUGCGGCCGUCGCGGCAUCCUUCUGCUCUCCAUGACGAUGACGGGUUUGGCCUCCUUGAUCCUUCUGGGACUCAUGAAGUAUCUCAGUGAGAUGGCCAUCACAGUUUUCUCCGUGAUGGGUCUCCUCUCCUCCCAGGCCACCGCCUCCCUCUGCAUCCUCUUCACUGCGGAGAUCAUGCCCACCGUCAUCAGAGGGGUCGGCGUGGGUGCUGUGCUCGCCCUGGGCUGCGUGGGUCGCCUCAGUUCACCGCUAAUGGACCUGAGGAACCACUACGGCUACUUCCUGCACCACGUGGUUUACUCCUCGCUGGCCUUGUUGGCCGUCUUGUCCAUCUUGCUGCUGCCUGAGAGCAAGAGGAAGCCUCUGCCCCAGACGCUUGCUGAUGGGGAGCAGUACAGACGCCCCCCGCUGGGCAGGAGGAGGCGGGACAACGUGCCGCUGCUGGCCACGCCCAACCUAGAGACCUAAAAGAAGCGUAUAGCAGACAGGCGGGGACACAUGCAAUCCCAUGCAGAACAUUUGAUGUCCAUGUUUAUUUAGGAAGGAGAAAAAGGGCUUCAAAGAUUUUUAACUAAUAGCAAAGAAGCUUUCAAACACGUUCUCAUCAUCUCUCAUUGGCACCAAUUCUUGUCGCAUCUUGCCAGAUCUAGUUUUCUACACGUUCAUGUGAGUGAGCUAACACCCAUCCCAGUCACACUGUCACACUCUUAAGGUGUUGUAAAUACUUUUCUUGACCGUUAGGGUGCCUGGAAGCCAAGUAGAGGAGCACUUUACAAAUUUUAAAAGGAGAGUUACUGAUUACCGCACUGCUCCAUCAGUGUUAACAAGUCAAAUUGAAGCCCCUAAAGCUUCAGUUUGUGUACGUCUAGCCUGGCGCUGGAGUAUUUAUUAUUUUAUUUAAGCCUUUAAUCUCCUGAGACUUACUAAAAAAACUGUUUCUGGAAGUAAAAAAUAUAUUUUUAGGUCAGAAAAUGUUUUUAUGUCCCAACAACAAACGUUUUUAACUGUACCUGCAUGUAUAGGUUAUGAAAUUUGGAUUAAUAUUAUUAAUUGCAAACUUCCCUUUUAGGCACACAGCGUCAGCACUCGGCUUGUAAACAUUUGUACUUUGAUCAAAUCCGUGUCAGAAAGGUGUAUGCAAAUGUAUGAUUAAAUUAUUUUAAAUCAUUUAUUUUGCGCAAAAAAAAAUAAAUAUAUAUUUCCCAUGAUUCUGUUUUGGAACAAAACAUACGUCAAACUAAGUCAAGUUUGUUUAACUAAAGGGUGCUUCAUAUGAAAUUUUACUGCAAAUGUAUACCUAGUCACUUGCUGCUAGUCACUGACAAUAAUUGCAAAUUUUCCAUUUUCUAAAUGUUGUGCAGUGCUAGUGCUGGGCUGGCAAAUAAGAAUCAAAUAUGGGCCAAAGGACAUUUCUGGAAGAUGUGCAACUUUAUGAUUUAAAUCAGGAGUAUCAAACUCAUUUUAGAUCAAGGGCCACAUGGAGAAAAAUCUACUGCCAAAUGAGCCAGACUGGUAAAAUCCCUGCACGAUCAUUUAAAACAAGGGUCACCAACGCGGUGCCCGCGGGCACCAGGUAGCCCGUAAGGACCAGAUGAGUAGCCUGCUGGCCUGUUCUAAAAAUAGCUCAAAUAGCAGCACUUACCAGUGAGCUGCCUCUAUUUUUUUAAAUUUGAUUUAUUUACUAGCAAGCUGGUCUUGCUUCGCUCGACAUUUUUAAUUCUAAGAGAGACAAAACUCAAAUAGAAUUUGAAAAUCCAAGAAAAUAUUUUAAAGAUUUGGUCUUCACUUGUUUAAAUAAAUUCAUUUAUUUUUUUUACUUUGCUUCUUAUAACUUUCAGAAAGACAAUUUUAGAGAAAAAAAAACAACCUUAAAAAUGAUUUUAGGAUUUUUAAACAUAUUUACCUUUUUUUCCCUUUUAAAUUCCUUCCUCUUCUUUCCUGACAAUUUAAAUCAAUGUUCAAGUAAUUUUUUUUGAUUGUAAAGAAUAAUAAAUACAUUUUAAUUUAAGUCUUUAUUUUAGCUUCUGUUUUUUCGACAAAUAAUAUUUGUGAAAUAUUUCUUCAAACUUAUUAUGAUUAAAAUACCCAAAAAAUAUUCUGGCAAAUCUAGAAAAUCUGUAGAAUCAAAAUUAAAUCUUAUUUCAAAGUAUUUUGAAUUUCUUUUAAAAUGUUGGUUCUGGAAAAUCUAGAAGAAAUAAUGAUUUGUCUUUGUUAGAAAUAUAGCUCGGUCCAAUUUGUUAUAUAUUCUAACAAAAUGCAGAUUGGAUUUUAACCUAUUUAAAACAUGUAAUCAAAAUUCUGAAAUUAAUCUUAAUCAGGAAAAAUGACUAAUGAUGUUCCAUAAAUUCUUUUUUUAAUUUUUUCAAAAAGAUUCGAGUUAGCUACUUUUUCUCUUCAUUUUUUUUGUUUGAAUUUUGUAAUUUUAAAGAGUUGAAAUUGAAGAUAAACUAUGUUUCAAAAUUUAAUUUUAAUUUUUUUUGGUGAUUUUUCCGUUUUUAAGCUGUUCAAUUAAGUGUUUUUUUCCCAUCAUUUAUUGUCUACAAAAAAACCUUCUGAAAAGAAAAAAAAAUGUACGACAGAAUGACAGACAGAAAUACCCAUUUUAUAAUAUAUAUAGAUUUAUUUAUUAAAGGUAAAUUGAGCAAAUUGGCUAUUUCUGGCAAUUUAUUUAAGUGUGUAUCAAACUGGUAGCCUUUCGCAUUAAUCAAUACCCAAGAAGUAGCUCUUGGUUUCAAAAAGGUUGGUGACCCCUGACUUAAAAAUAAAGACACCUUCAGAUUGUUUUCUGUGUUUAAAAAUAGAAGCACAUUCUGAAAAUGCACAAAUCAUAAUGUUGUUGUUUUUUUACACUUACAUGUUGCAGUUAAUAGUAUUCUGUCUUUAUUUGUUGUUAUUUAUAUUUUCUGAAUGAAUGAUGUGAUAAUGUUCAUCAGUAAACUCAAUGGUGUUCAUUUUCAAUCUAUCGAGAUAAAAAAAAUAUCAAAAUCAAAUUACAGUAUGCCAUGUAUGUAGUUUGAUCAUUUUCGUCGAUUGAUGUACUAAUAUCAUGUGGUUUAUUUUGUACAUCAUCAUCCAGAGAUACAAAGAAUUGCUAUUGCAACAUUCAGUAGACACAUGUAGAAGAGCUGUUUCUUUCAUUCAAAAAUAUCAGGUUAAUUUGUAUACUUAGCAAACUCAUCCCGCGAGCCGGAUAAAACCUGUUAGCGGGCCUGAUCCGGCCCGUGGGCCGUACGUUUGACACCCCUGAUUUAAAUGCUCAGUAAAUUUGUGCCAUUAAAAAAAAUAUUUAACACAUUUUCCCAUUAUUUAUUUUAGUGGAAAACAUGCAGAAAAUUAAAUUCAGGUUUGUUUAAAAAUGUGUAAUAAACAGGGCGUUCCAUAUAAAAUUUUACAGAAAUGUUACUAGCCUCUUCCUGCUCCGUCACUGAUAAUAAUAUGAUUGCAAAUUUCCCAUUUUCUCAUUGACGCAGUUGUUAGUGCUGGGCUUGUAAAUGAUUGUAGCGGGAUAAAAUCCUUCUCAGGACGAUAUGCAAAUUUAUGAUUUAAGUAUUUUAAAUCAGUUAUUUUGCUCUUUAAAAAAUUACAAAAUGUAUUUUCCAGUGUGUUUAAAAAGUUAUCAUGAAUAACAGCGCUCCAGUUUAAAUUUUACCAGCCUCUCCCUGCUCCUUCACUAAUAAUGAUGGCAAAUUUCCCAUUUUCUCAUUGGCACAGAGCAUCUGGACUGGACUUGUAAAUAAUGGAUUUGUAAAUUUACGAUUUAAUUACGUUAAUUCAGUACAAAACAUGUAUCAAAUUAACUUCCAGUUUAAAAAAAGGGAAGAAAUCAUUUCACAUUAAUAAAAAAAGGGAUUAAGAAA